GCGAUGACCCAACUUCCUGUCAUUGAUAUGGGUGAUGCUGUUCACCCAGACCUGGAUCGUCGGAAGGCUGUUGCGCGGAAAGUGUGCGAUGCAGCCAUCAGCUCGGGUUUCUUCUAUAUUAGCAAUCACGGCGUCCCAGACGCGGCGGUCGGGUCCAUCAUGACGGAAACGAAACGAUUCUUUCACGACUUGACGUUGGAGCAGAAGAUGGAGUACGACACGGAGAAGCACGACCACUAUUAUGGAUAUUACCCGAUCAAGCUGAACCCGAACCAGCCUGCCGGAGCCAAGCUUAACGAGGGUAUCAACUAUGGUUAUGAGGCUUCUGUGGAUCCGAAUGCUGUGGACCAGCAGAACAAUGGAGACAAUUGGUGGCCUUCGGAAGGUCGACUCCCGGGGUAUCGGGACAACGUCAAUCAAUACAUGGGACAGGCUCUCAAGCUGAGUCGAUGCCUGCUGCGAAUGUUCGCCUUAGGUCUGGGUUUUGGCGAAAACGAAUUCGAUUACCUCGCAACGCGACCCUACUCGAUAUUGAAGAUGGCUCAUUAUCCGGGAGAGUUAUCUGGAACAGAGGAGCCCUCGUCGAUACGUCCCCAUACUGAUUUUGAGCUAUUGACUAUUCUGCUGCAAGACACGGUACCCUCGCUCGAGGUCUUGUCCAAUACUGGACAGUGGAUUCAAGCGAAGCCGAUUCCCGGCACGUUCGUGGUGAACAUUGGCGACUCCUUGUCAAUGCUGACGAACGGGCUCUUCAUGUCAACGAUGCACAGAGUGCUGAAUACAACACGGCGUGCGCGAUACUCGGUGCCUUUUUUCCUAGGUGCAAAUCAGGAAGCGGUCAUCAAGGCGCUCGACAAAUUUGUGACGUCUGAGAAUCCGGCGAGAUUUCAGCCUAUGACUUCUGGUGAAUAUAUUCGGAGGUCGCUACAACUCGUUUACACCAAGCCACACACGGAACUGAUUCAUGAGACCAUUGAAAUUCAAGCGCAAGGAUGAUUGAUGACGACUUGAAGACAUAGGGAUAGUCACAGACUCGCUCUUCCUGCCAGUAGUAUCACGGCCCCGGGCCAGAGAAAGACUCAAGAGACGAGAAGAAUGCCCCUCUUACACCUCAUAUCACAGCACAGGCGAAAAGUGCUUGCAUCAAAAAUAUUGGCCGAAAUGUCCCUCGCUUGGUGUGACAGGCCGAUGUAGACAUUGACACGAGGCUAGCCGUGACACCUUCUUGCACUCAACUUCUCUCCGCGCUGUGUUACGGCCCACAACUCUUUAUAUUUUUCUCUCAACAUGGCAAUGGCUGCAAGAACGCGAGUGCGGGUUGGAUGACAG